AUGGAAUUCGUAUUAUGCCGGUCUUGUUUGAACGACGCUCUUCUUGCCCUUAUGCAAUCAUUCCGGCGAGUCCACAUCAAACAGCAGAGGUAUGCUGGUGAUGACCAAUUGUGCCGGGAGGUGACGUUCAGACAUAUGAAUUUAACUUGCAAUCAUUUUGUCCCUGCCCAACUGCGCAUUGAAGAUAUCCCCUCGAUUCAUGGCGUAGAAUUUGUAUGCUAA